GAGAGCUUCCCUUCCCUUCCCGUCCUUGUGGGGCAGAAAUUUGCUGUCGAGGCUCUCGUCAACCUCUGAAGCAUGUGAAAGUGUUCUUCUCCCACAGUAAAUUCGGAAAAUAAGGAGGGGAUGGAAUGACCCGCUGCUUAGAAUGAGCCGGCCGUUCAUUACCAAGGUUUGGUAUUGAACUUGCAAGAUAAGGAAGAACGGCUUUUGUAGAUUGUGUGAGUAAUUGAAGUGAGUGAGAGGCUCAAGAAGUUAUUCAAGAGACUCGUUGCCGGCAGAUCGAGAUCGGGAUGUCUAGCUGCCGCAUACUUCCGAGGUUGCCGUUACGGCAUGCGCUCUCACAAACAACCAACCCCCACAAGCCAUGGCAUCCCCGGCUGUCGAUUCGAACAUCAUGGGUCCUCUCAGCACCUCGACGGCUCGCCCUUGAAACUCACACCGGCCAUCCCCCACGUUCCCUCAUCGCCUACCACACCACCACCAAGCUCCUCUCCACGGUAACCACCACCCUUUCUACACCCUCCACGCCCACCGAAGCCACACCACAACCUUAUACCCCUCCCCAAACCGGCCUCUUAUCCAUGCUCCCCCGGUCAUGGGUCCCAUACGCGGAACUGAUCCGCCUCGACAAGCCGACGGGCUCCUACUAUCUCUACUUCCCCUGCAUCUUCUCGACCCUUUUAGCGGCCCCGCUCGCCUUCCCCAUGACCCCGCCGCUCACCGUCCUGGGAACCUCCCUCCUCUUCCUCGCGGGCGCCGUCGUCAUGCGCGGCGCGGGCUGCACCAUCAACGACCUCUGGGACCGCAACCUGGACCCGCACGUGGCGCGCACGCGGCUGCGGCCGAUCGCGCGGGGCGCCGUGACCCCCUUCCAGGGCGUGGUCUUCACGGGGGCGCAGCUGCUGACGGGGCUGGCGGUGCUGCUGCAGUUCCCGCUGUCGUGCUUCUUUUACGCGACCCCCAGCCUGCUGCUGGUGGCGACCUACCCGCUGGCCAAGCGCGUGACCUACUACCCACAGUUCGUGCUGGGGCUGACCUUCUCGUGGGGCGCCAUCAUGGGCUUCCCCGCGCUGGGGGUCGACCUGCUGCACCACGCGCCCGCCCAGGCCGCCGCGGGCCUCCUGUACGCCUCCAACGUCGCCUGGACGGUGCUGUAUGACAUGAUCUACGCCCACAUGGACAUCAAGGACGACGCCAAGGCCGGCAUCAAGAGCAUCGCCCUCAAGCACGACCGCGAGACCAAGCAGGUGCUCUCGGGCCUCGCCGUCGCCCAGGUCGCGCUGCUGGCCGGUGCGGGCAUUGCGACGGGCGCCGGACCGGCCUUCUUUGUCGGGAGUUGCGGCGGCGCGCUGGUCACGCUGGGGAUCAUGAUUAAGCGGGUCAACCUCAAGAGCGUGAAGGACUGCUGGUGGUGGUUCGUCAACGGGUGCUGGAUCACGGGAGGGGUCAUCACCUUGGGGCUGUCGGCUGACUACCUUGUGCGGUAUGUCGAGCGAGAUGACGAAGAGUCGACGUGAUGUAUUGUAUUGUGCUUGUUUAGGCUUGUAUGCUGGUUGUAUGUAUGUGUGUAAUAUAUUCUCUCAAA